AUGUCGCGACCAAACACCAUCUCACUUCGAACACCUUUACCCUAUCGGGUAGAAGACGCCUCGAUUCGGGCAGAGGGAGAGACAACGGAUCCCUCGUGUCAAUCGGCCUCGGGGCGUCUCGCUCCCCCGAACAGUCCGUCGAGCGAUUACACUCGAUCUCCUCGACCCUCGCCCCCGAGCAAAAUUACCUUGAACUUGGCACAUACUGUUGACUUCCGAGCCAUCACUUAUGCCGAUGCGAUCGAUGAAAAUCUAAUGUGCGCCAUCUGUCGUUGUGCCUUUGUCGACCCCCUCUCGACGACCUGUCAACACACCUUCUGUUCCGAGUGCCUGCAUGACGCUCUUUGCCACAGCCUCAGUUGUCCCAUCGAUCGAUUAGCCCUGAACCACGAGCUCGACCUGAGCCCAGCCCCCAAGAUCAUUAAGAAUCAAGUGGAUAAUCUCAAGGUCAUCUGUCCAUGCUGUGCGGCACCCAUCUCUCGCUCCAUGCUUGAAAACCAUCUCUCAAAAUACUGCCCCGAGUCGUCUAUUCGUUGUCCCGGCAUUAAUACGAACAAAAAGUGUUCACAUCAGAUUCCGAGGAAAUUGGCUGAGCAAGGCUGUCUACAUUACUCGACCAAUUGCCCCCAUUGCGAGGAAGCUCUUUGGCAGAUUGAUCUCCCACAUCAUCAAGAAUACUCGUGCAAAGCUCGUUACACGAAAUGUCAGUAUUGUGGCCUAGAAACUUUGCGCUUUCGAGAGGUCGAGCACGCCAACGAAUGUCCUGACGCACCAGGCCCGUGUCGUUGGGUAGAAUAUGGCUGUCCACAUCAGAGCCUUCGGAGGGAGCUCUCACAGCACGAUGAGUCGUGCAGCUUUCGUCACAUGGGCAAGAUGGGCGACAAAUUCAUCAAAGAAAUCAGCGACCUGCGCGCCCAUGUCCGCACUCUCACUGAAGCCAAUCAGCUGCAAGACCGGCGCAUCAAAUUUCUCGAGUCGGGCAGUCGGCAAAUGGAUGGCUUUCUAGACGACGCUGAUCUCACGAGCUCAACAUCCCCAGCAGUCAUGGGUGCAGUUUCUACAGAGCCCCUCAAUUCUGGACACGAGUAUCUCUUAUCUCUCUUGGAGUAUCAGGAGAGCAAGCUGAGCCAGCUGUCUGCCGGAAUGACGGAGCUUGAAGCGAAGCAGACAACCAUGCUUUUCAACGAGACUAUCCCGAUCAAGAACGAGCUUGCCGAAAUACGUAGCUUGCAGCAGACAGCCAGCAUGCAUAUUCGUUGGCUCAUGGCAUUUCGGAUCCGCGAAAACGGGAAACGCGUGGGUGGCAGCAGUAGCAGUGGAAGCGGUAGCGGUAGCUCGAUGGGUGAAGGGGCAUCUGAAGCGGUAGAAUCUAGCCGUCAUUCGCCUUUCUCUCGCCGUCGCAGCGAUUCACUCUCACGCGACAUCGUGACGAAACUCUAA